UACUUUUUUAUUUCUUUCAUCAAUUUCAUUAUUUUUAUUUUUCAUUUUUCAUUAUUAUUUAUAAUUAUUCAUUAAGAAAUGGGUGUUCCAAAGUUUUACCGAUGGCUUAGUGAGCGUUAUCCUUGUAUUAAUGAAUAUGUUAACCAAUACAAUAUCCCAGAAUUUGACAAUUUUUAUGUUGACAUGAAUGGCGUAUUUCACAUAUGUUCACAUCCAAGUGAUGAUGUCCACUUUCGAAUACCUGAAUCUCAAAUAUUUGAAAAUAUUGCCACUUAUUUAAAUUUUCUAUUCAAUUUGGUUCAACCACGUAAAGUAUUCUUUCUAUCUGUUGAUGGUGUGGCACCAAGAUCCAAGAUGAAUCAACAAAGAUCACGCCGUUUUAAAUCAGCACAAGAAGCCAUUGAAAAAGAAACCAAAGCCAGACGUAUGGGUCAAACAUUACCAAAUGAUCCACGUUUCGAUUCUAACUGCAUUACACCAGGGACUGAAUUCAUGAACAAAUUACAUUUGUUUAUGGUGGAAUUUCUUGCUAAAAAAAUUCAAAAUUGUCAAGAAUGGCGUGAAGUUGAAAUUAUUUAUUCUGGCUAUGAUGUUCCUGGCGAAGGCGAACAUAAAAUUAUGGAUUAUAUUCGGUAUUGUAAAACCAAAGAUUCAUUCGAAUCUGAUACGCGGCAUUGUUUGUAUGGACUUGAUGCCGAUCUAAUUAAUCUUGGACUUAGCACACACGAACCAUAUUUUUCCGUGUUGAGAGAAGAAGUGACAUUUGGCAAAAACAAACAACGACAUUGUGAUCCGAUUCGUACAAAUUUUCAAUUAUUGCAUCUUUCCAUUUUACGAAGAUAUAUUUUUCACGAAUUUCACGAACUUGAACAACAGAUGAAGUUCAAAUUUGAUCUGGAAAAAAUUAUUGACGAUUGGAUUCUCAUCAAUUUUCUAGUUGGAAACGAUUUCUUGCCUCAUGUCCCGAAAUUUCAUAUUAACAAAGGUGGCAUUCAAAUUCUAUAUGAUACAUACAAAUCUAUAUUGCCUGAUCUGGAUGGUUAUCUCAACGACUCUGGUACUUUGAAUUUAAAAAGAUAUCAGAAAUUUUUGGCAAAAUUAUCGGAACACGAUUUGGACAUUUUUAAUCAGAACAAUAUGGAUUUCAAUUUCAUCGAUGAUGUAAAUGACAUAACGUUUGGCAGUGGCGUAGAUUUAGGACAAAAUUUUGAUUUCGAAAAAAUGCAAGAAUUAACCGAAGAAAAUUCUCUUCUUUCUGAUUCAGAUUCAUCAUCGGAUCUUGAUGAUUCAUCCAGCGAAAAUGAAUUGGAUGAGGAGUUUGUCAUGCACAAAAAUCAUUAUUAUACAACCAAGUUGGGAUUCAAAGAUUUAGCAGCCGAUGUACCAAAAAUUGUUUUUGAAUACGUCAAAGGUAUUCAAUGGGUUCUGCAUUAUUAUUUCGAUGGUUGUGUUUCAUGGAAUUGGUUCUUUCCAUUCCAUUAUGGCCCAUAUGUAUCUGACCUGGCCAAAAUUGAUACUUCAGAAGAAUUUCCUUUUGAAAUGGGGACACCUUUUCAGCCAUUAGUCCAAUUAUUAGCCGUUCUUCCUCAAGCAAGCAAAGAUAUUCUGCCCAAAGCUUUUCAAAAACUUACCUACAUUCCUGAUUCACCCCUCAUAGAUUAUUUUCCUAAUGAAUUCAAGACUGAUUUAAAUGAAAAAAUCCACGAUUACGAAGCUAUUAUUUUGAUACCAUUCAUGGAUGAUCAAUUGUUGAUGGAAACAUUUGAACAAUACAAAAAUGGCUUGACUUCUGAAGAAAUUGAACGUAAUCGAUUUGGCUUUCAUCAUCUAUUGAAAUGGUCCGAGGAAUCUCCAGAAAAUCCAGAUGCUUUUGAUUUGAAUCGAUUUCCGAAUGUAUUCGACCACAAGAUUUUUAUUAAUCAAUACGUUCUACCUCGUGAAAUCGUAUACAAAGGUGUAAGGAAAAAUGUCAAUUUGAAUGCUGUCAAUGGAUUUCCUUCAUUCAAUGGCAUUGAUUAUUCUGUACGAAUGGAGAAUGCUCGUAUUAAAGUAUUUGAUUUUGGCUCUCAAAAUCCCACUAUGAUGAUUGAUGUUGAAAAGAAAAAUUAUACUAUUGAAUCUAUACAAUUAUUGUCAAAAAAUUUUACCGAAAAAAUCGUCUAUAUUAAUUGGCCAUUAUUGGCUGAGGCGAAAUUGAUCGAAAUAAUAGACAAUGAAUUUAAAUAUUCGAAAGAUAUUAAAUUAAAAAUAACUCCUGAGGAAUUACGUUCUGCAAAAAUAUCAUCAAGAAAUCAUUGCCUAAUGAUGAAAAACAAGAAAGGAAUCAUAUUGGAAUCCGUUGAACAGAUGGUCAAAGUUUUGCCAUUACAAUCACAACGAUAUAUUAUAACUGGUGGAAGAAUUCAACUUCACAAAGAAUGGUCAACGACAUCUCAAUAUGUUCCUAUAGAAUUAGUCAUUUUUGAGAGUUCAACCGCCUUAUAUCGAUCUUUACCAGUCUAUAAAUCUUUGCAUACAAUAUUUACAAAGGGUAAAUCGUUUUACUUAAUUGCAAAUCCUUACUAUGGUUACAAAGCAACAGUGAUGAAAUAUUUGGCAAAAAAUAACACUGUUCAGGCAAAUGUCGUUGUUUCGUCGGAACCUGAUUUUAGUGAAAUUGAGAUGGAAUAUGCCUACAUUAUGAGUGAAAAUUAUUACACUGAAGGUCGAGUGGCAUUUAUCGUUAAACGCGAACUGAAUUUACCCGAAAGUGUUAUAAGACGUUUAUUGGGCUCAGUUUUAUGCAGCUAUCAAACAAACAAAGGUCGGGUCAAGCGUGUCAACGUUGGACUUAAGCUUAAAUCUCGACAUGAUGGUCAACUCUACUGUGUUCCAGGUUAUUCGUGUAUGGAUCAGGAUGAAAUUUUUUUUCACAAAAAUGUCAUUAAUAUUCUUCUUGAAUAUCAUGGAAAAUUUCCUCACGUAUUUCAAAUGUUGAUCAAUCAUAAACCAAUAUACGAAUUGGAUAAUCUUUUCCCGGGUCCUAAUUUGGAACAGUGUGAAAAAACAAAAUCAUUGAAUAGUAUACGUGAUUGGUUAGAUUUGCAAGAAUUUUCAAAAAUUGGAACAACACGUGGAAAUGCUAAUUAUCUUGACAAUUGUAUUGUGAAGGCUAUAGAGGAGAGAAUCGAAUCUCAUAUGGUUUUACUGUGUGAAGAGCAAACAUUUACACAAAAAUUGCAUCCAUCAAGUUUUUACAUACCCGAAUUCAUUCUCAAAGGAAGCUAUCUUCCUGAUGCAAAAGUGAACUUUGAAUUAUUUGAUCGAGUUGUGAAUAUAAAAACAUCAAUUAUUGUACCAUUUGGCGCUAAAGGAACUGUGAUUGGUAUUUAUUCCGGUAAUGAUCAUUUGACUAAGUUUACCAGAUAUAAUGAACAAGACGAAGAAGAGAGAAAAGAUAAUGAUUGUUUAUUGUCUUCAACUAUUGAAGUCAUGUUUGAUGAACCAUUCGAUGGUGGUUUUUCUGAACGAAGUUCCAAAUCUAAUAUUUUCAAAAUGCAUGCAUCUUUUUUAAUCAACAUUUCACAUGGAUUGCGAAUGUCAAAAAAGAAUAUCAAUUUUAAGAAUGUUUAUCAACCGAUUCAAUCUGCUGGACAUAAACAAUCAAACUAUUAUCAAAAUAAUGCCCGUCCCUAUUACAAUAAUAAUAAUCAAUUACAAACGCAAAAAUCAAAUAACGUACCAAAUAAUAAUGCGUCGAAAAUUCAAAUAAUGCCCAGGCCUGAACAGCAAUUACAACAAACCAAUGAAUCGCCGAACAAAUUCAAUCAUUCAGAAAAUUCUCCGUUUAAAGCUAUUCCUAAACCAUCCUAUGCUGGCAUUGUUGUUGGUUCGAAUAUUCAAGAACAAUUUCCUCUUCAACAACAAGCGUUUCAACCUUCUCUGGGGGCUAUUAAAUUUCCUAAUAGUCUGCCAUUGCCAACGACUUGGUCUCCUGAUGCUUUGGGUCAAAUGUUCUCUGGAAUCAAUAUUAGACAUGCGAAUCCUAGUCAGGCGAACAAUGCAAGCAUGAACAAGAUUGAGCUACCGAGAAAAUCUGAAAUACCGGCACCACCCUCUCAUUGGAUCAAAUCAUUAGGCUCUAAAGCCAUGGAAAAUUUACAAGAUCCCCAACUGCUCAUUCCAAGUUUUACGGUCUCAUCAAGUUCACAAGCUAUGAUCAAUAAUGAUAUCAUUUCAAACAAUGAUACGAUCCAGAACCCGUUGAAUGAUAUGAAUAAAAUCUGGAACCAACAGUCUACGCGUUACGAUAAUCAUAAUCGUUAUUUUCGUCCUGAACAAAAUCGAAAAUAUCACAACCGAAAUCAUCAUUAUCAUAAUCGAAAUAAUGAACACAAUACUCAGCUUCAUCAUAACCAACAACAAUACACACCAAAUCAAUCGACUCCUAUUAAACAACAAUCGGAAUCUACCAGAUUUGUACCGUUGGUAGUUGCACGUAAUCAUCAACAUGAAAAUGUAUUGCGAAGACAAAACAUUAAUCAUAAUCAAUAGUAAUUUAAAAUUUAUUUGGAUUUGAUUUUUUUUUUGAUAAUAAUGUUAAAAAAAAUGAAAUUUAACGAAAAUAAAUCAUGGUGUUUUUGAUUACAUAA